UUCUUUUUUCCUAAUUCAGUUGUUUUGGAGCCACCAUCAUGACCAAACGCUGGCACAAGUACAAGUAAAGUAUGGUGAUGACGGACGAGUAAGAACGCAAGGUGGUGUCGCCAGUGCCGCUCCUGUUGAUGUAUGUGGAAGCACCUGUGGCCGAGAUCUAGGUUUCGAGGUAUAAUGAAGCGAGCGCGAAACUCGCUUGAAGAACUGGGUGACGGUGCUCCUCGCCGACCCCGCAUCAGUCAUGGUGGAAACAAAAAUUUUCAGGGUGUCCCGAGUCCAAUGCGGACAGGAGGGCCGAGUCCAACGCGGCAACAGUUGCCCCUGGGCGUGGCCGGCGUCUCGGGAGCCGGCGGGGCGGUCUCCAGUACGUCAAAACCCCCGGCGACGCAGGAUGUCGACGUAGGCGAGGAGACUGCGUUACGAAUGCGAUUGCUCGCGGAGAAACACAAGAAUGAUUUAUACAGGUAGAAAAGAUAUGAUUAAGUACGUCCGAGAUCUUUCUCCAAAUAGAUAAGCUUUUAAGCGAUGAUUUAGAAAGCCAAUGAUCUGAAAGACUUCUUGAUAUUUGAAUAUGAAUAUAACUUCACCUUGUAUAUACUCACUAGGAGUACUCGCGCGAAAGUGGUGAAAGCUAAUUUGAAGAAUCCCCGUGAUGCAAACGCCGUUGGCUUUCAGCUUUGCGGAGAAGAUGGAAAACACUUUCACGUAACUCUGCAGGGCAGUUGGUGUCAGGAACACCGCGAGAACCCUUGUUAAGGCUGCCUCUAAACUACUACAGAUAUAUUGAUGCUGCACAGGGAAAGGGAUGGAUUAGAAUCAAUGGCAUGAUUAGUGGGAAUGGUGGUGGCCAUCUUUGCUAUAGUAUAAAGAUAGUCUAUUAGAUGGUCCUCAGGGUAGCUCUAAACGUGGAUGCUAGACGUGGGCGACGUCGUGCACCUCCUGGGAGAUCCCACGAUGUAUGAUCAAAUAGCGAAGACGCGACACUGUGAGCUCUCGGAUAAUCCUCAACACGAGCACCGCUUACUGGUCAUGCAUCCGGACGUGCUUCUUUUAGGAGAAUCGACAACUUGAUGGUCACUAACUAUUAAGCUGUAAUGAUGUAUUUGUGUGGAGCGAGUGUGCCUGUGCCGAGGCAGCAUGGUGCAAGUAACCCGUUGAGACAGUUGUUCCAAAGUGGGGUAGAUGGAAUUCUUCUUCGUUAAAUCUUUGUUUCAUGUCUAAUUCUUACUGGCACAGCAGUCUCAAAUGCACUGAAUUGCAGGCGCUAUGCACUUAUUCAAUACGAGAUUUCGGAGGCCGCGGGUUCGACGAAUGCCGGAAGUCGGGCAUUAGUUUUGGGGAACAUUGUACAUGGUGCCCUGCAGGCAGCUAUGGCCGCGCAGGACUUCUCAGAUGCUUUUCUUUAUGUUUCUAGCUCGUCGUCUCUGGACUUCUCAGACGCUUUGCUCUAUAUUUCUAGCUUUUCGUCUCUGCAUGGCACCAUUUUCAAGUUGAUAGAAAGCAAUGAGCUUGUUCUUAGAUAGCGUCUAGUGACCCCAGGAUGCUUGUACUGCAGCCUAAAACCACUGGAUCAAUUGUACAACAGCAAGAGAAGUUGUCGCUUUCGACGUCGUUAUUGCGAAAGAAAUGAAAGCUGACUCUCCUACUCUAAUCAAUGGACAACGUGUUGCGGGAGAACGUGCAGUCGGCACUUGUUGAGCUCUGGCACAUCGGUGUGAGUACGGACGAAAUGUUUAAUGAAUGCCGCAACCGGCUGAAGCACGCAACGAAGUGGGCUCAGCAGUAUUACGUUCCUCUCGGUGGUGUGGACGUGGUCGCAAAAGCCGGCGGCAAGCCGAAGCCUCGGAUACGGCACCUAGUCGGCAACGAACAGAAUGUCUGCAGUCAUCGUUUCGGAUUCAAGGGUAAGCUAGAUGGUUUGGUGCGCACUGAUGACGCGAACAAAACGGCAGCACUUGAAAUCAAGACCGGUCGCAUUAGAACCGAGCAUGUCGGACAAAUUACGGUCUACUACAUGCUGCUGUGCGAUUUGGUACAUCUGAACUACCCUGGACUUGUAAAAUUACUCUGCUUGAUGAGUAGUUCGAGUCAAAAACCCUAACCGGUGCAAAGUAUUUUCACGAAGAUGUUUGGCAACAGGUAGUAGUCCGUAGUUCAGCUUUUCUUGUGAUACAAACAUCCAUUGCUCCACAUUCUUUUUUCUAUCCCAUGAACCAGGUAAAUCAGCAACUGCAGCCAGAACUCCAGGCUUGCAGUAGUUCGGCUCUGCUCUUAUAUCCACACAAAGACGAAUGUACAUACGAGGCGAAGAGGAUAUCGCGCUUCGAUGUACGCGCGAUUAUGCAGAUUCGCAAUAUGCUCGCCUCUACAAUUCAACGGCGACGACAAACACUGGAAGAAGGGCGCCUGCGCGGUCCGGUUUGGCCCCCGAUGAUACCCAGAGAAAAUGGGAUGGAGCCCUCAGACUGUAAGCGCUGCUUUCGGAAAGACCAGUAAUAUAAGACCCUACAACUACAGAUUUGAUCAAAAAUUUGGCACCUUGUUGAAUGUGCAUGAUGAUUGUUCAGGAAAGUUUUCCCAGUCGAAAGUAGAGUUGCCACUUUCUGGAAGUUUUUUUGUCUUAGCGAGUUCUGGGCAUCAAAAUGACUACUUGCUAAAUUUCACAGUUGCUACACACUGGCUGCAAGUGUGGAGAACCAGCCUCAGUUGCGACCAGAGUUGGAUUCCCGAGUACGUGCUUACAUCCAGAAAUGGUUGAUGGUGAUCGAUGCAGAAGAGGUGCUCGGGGCAAAAGCCAAAGAGCGGCCUUGGCGCACGAACACGACGCUGAAUCGAGAUAAAGCCCCGAACGUGGUGAACCCUUCUUCAGCACAACAGGGUGUGCAAAAAGCUGUCGACGGUGCUGCGCCUGAAGCAAAGGUAAAGGACCAAGACGCGAAAGAAGGCGGCAGUGGGUCGAGUGGGUUGCGGUACCUCAAAUUCGAAGAAGCCGUUCUUGUUAAGCCAUCGAACCACCCCAACAUGUUCGGAGUCAACAACUCAGAAGAACAUCAGUUUCACUGGAUUUUUUCUGUGCCCGACUCGGAAGCAGCAGCCAAAUUGCAGGCCUUCAGUAGCGGGGGGCCGCGCAGCUCGCAGCUCGACUUCGAGGAUUACGCAGUUGCAAGCGCCAAGCCAAAGAAAAAGAAUGCCGGUGGUCCGUUUGGUUCGGGCACGAGCGAAGCCGCACUGAGUAUGCGCGCGUUGACGCUUGGCGCGGACGAGAAUGCAGCGAAAGCAUCCAAUACGACAAAGCAGCAACAAGAGCUGGCGGGAUCGCAGCCUUCGCCUGAACUAGUGCAGAGUAUUUUGUCGCUUCCCUUCACAGUGGGAGAUCAGAUCACAAUUUCUCGCGAGCCGGAGGGCCCCUUCUCCUUGUUUCAGGCUACUGUGGUCAACAUCGAUUGUGAGGGUCGUCGUGUGACCGUGCGACCGCGGACUGAGAUUCGCGCAACUCUACGCUCAGAUGCGGGCGCGCAGAUGUGUACGACGCAGCUCACAGAUAUCGAGGACCUGCAGCGAGCGGCUGGCGUGGCCUCAGCGCAGCAAUUGAGCACUUGCGAAUUUUACCGCAUGGACAAAGACGAAUAUGGGGGAGGUUUUGCGAAAAUCCGAGGAGAUUUGAUGCAAUUGGUCUGCACACAAGAACUGAUGAACCCUUUUGUGGGCAAAAUCAAACGCAAGCUCAUUUUCCUAGAGCCGCCAACAUUUUCGGAUGUUGAGCUUGUUAAGGGUUACAACAUUGCAUUCCACACAAGCAUCCUUGGCUUUUUUAAACUAUUUAAAGUAAGUCAAGAGUCAUGUUCUGAGGAAUGCAAUUGCGUAACCUCUAAGCUUGGAGAGCAAGUAGGCACAACGGUAAUGCCGAAAACGCCGCCAGAGAUGAUCGCGGAGGGCACGAAUUGUCUGACUCAAUGGCAGCGCAUGAAUCUGACGCAGCAAAGUAUGGCAAAAGCAAAGAUGAAAAAGACUGCACUUUUUCCUUUCAUACUCUGCUCUGCUAGGAAGAGAGCGCUCUGACGAUGCGCAUGGCUUAGUGCGCGUGAACGAAUCGAUUCUGUUGCCCCUUUUGGCAGUCUGCACUUUGUGCGAGAUUUAUAUAUUGUAUUGUAUUGUAGUUGAUAAUCAGAAGCAUGCAGAAUCAGAAAAUGAAAGCACUCCCUAGAUGAAAUGCCACUCGUCCUUCCUUAUCCCAUAAAUGCGCUUCGUUUAUUAUUCUCCCUUCAUUGCAUACGUGAUCCGCCGCUGCUUUCAGGCAGACGACUACUGCGUCGUCCAAGGGUUUCCUGGUACAGGUAAAACCGAGGUUCUUGCAUCUUUACUCGAGUUGUAUGUACGGAACGGAAAACGAGUCUUGUUUUGCGCCUAUACGAACGCUGCUGUCGAUAAUGGUCUCUUGAGGUUGUUGCGCAACGCGUCAGAAGCUGGAAAGAGGCCUAUGCAGAUAGUGCGCUUGGGGUCGAACGAGCAGAAAGUUCACAAUGAGGUUCGACCGUAUCUUUUGCAAAACCGCAAUUUGAAUUCGAUCCAGGAUGUCAAUGGUUUCAUACAGAGCGUGCAGCUGGUUGCUUGCACCUUGCUCGGCUGCCACGACGCGCUCGUGCAGCAUCUCGCUUUUGACCUCGUCGUGGUUGAUGAAGCUUCUCAGGCGACUGAGCCGGCGACGUGGUGCGCACUGUUCAAAACGAGGAAAUUCGUUCUUUUCGGCGACACAAACCAGCUGCAGCCUCUUGUGAAGCACCCGAAGGCGAUCCAAUUCGGGCUACAGCGAAGCCUAAUGGAGCGCUUAUCGGAGGAGCAGCCCGCAUGCGUCGCAGAACUCAAUGUUCAGUACCGAAUGAACGAAGAAAUCCAGAAACUUCCGAACAAACUCAUCUACAAUGGCAAGCUAGUUUGUGGAAGCGACGCAGUAAAGUAUAGGAAGCUCACAGGUACCAGUACCACUCGAAAAGCGGACCAACCGCGCUGGAACUAGAAUAAACACUAAUAGAUAAAACUGAUCGAUGAGACUAGUACAAAAUGUCGGAACCUUUACAAAUCCACCAAACCUUUUAAUACAGCCUACACACUUGGUGAUGUGACAACGAAAGAAGGAUGGCUUCGGGCAGCUCUAGACCCUGACCGAAAAGUGGUCUUUCUGGAUACUAUGGAUAGCCUUCCCGAGGAUAUGGCGUCGAGGCAGGAGAAUCAAGGUGAAGCGAAUCUAUGCCAGGAACUGGUAAAAAACUUUAUCUACGUAGCAUGUUCUUGCGACCCGUUCGAUAUUUUCUGCAUCCUAUUUUCUUUGUACAGCGUUUUUCAUUGCGGGAACACUUUCUGUCAUGUAUCUUUCAUCACUAAACUUACUGCAAGGUUCGUUCACUGCUUUCCCUGGGAUUGUUCGAGGCGGACAUCGGCGUACUUUCUCCUUAUCGAAGGCAGCUGGCUCUGAUCAAGGAGGUUUUGGGGCCAGAACGACCGGAGGUUCUAACAGUCGACGAAGCACAAGGCAAAGACAAGAAAUGCGUUAUCGUCUCUUUGGUUAAGUCAAAUCGGGAGCGCAAGGUCGGGCAGCUGUUGACCGAUUGGCGUCGCAUGAACGUCCUUCUGACACGAGCUCAGUGCAAGCUUGUCUUGAUCGGUUCAGUACCCACUUUGCAUACCAACGAGCUCAUGCGAAAUAUGCUUGAAACGUGUCAUGAUAAUGCUUGGAUAGUACCCGUAUCUCGCUGA